AUGGCCACUGAAUCAAAUGAGGCCGCAUAUCCUCCUCCUUCUCCUGUAAAGGAUUUGGACGACGUUGAACAUGUCGAGAAGGAUCUCAAGACAGUCGUGGCUGCGGUCACUGACCGCCCGGUGCAUGAGAUGUACCUGGAGGCCAUGGAGCGGUAUCCCAAUGACGAAGCCAUCGACCAAGCUGACGAGAAGCGACUGCUGCGCAAACUGGAUAUGCGCAUCUUGCCCUUGCUAGGCAUUUGCUAUUUCUUUUAUUAUGUGGACAAAACCACUCUCUCAUACGCCGCCAUCUUUGGCAUCAAAGACGAUCUAAAGCUCGUGGGAGACGACUAUUCGUGGCUUUCCAGCAGCUUUUACUUUGGAUGGCUGAUCUGGGCCAUCCCCUCCAACCUUCUUAUGCAGCGCAGCCCGCCUGCAUAUUAUCUUGCCUUUAACAUCUUCAUGUGGGGUGCCCUCCUCAUGUGCCAGGCGGCAGUGAAGAACCUUGGGGGAUUGCUUGCCCUUCGAGUCUUGUCCGGAGCAUUUGAAGCGAUUGCGGAUCCGGCGUUUAUGCUCAUCACGUCGAUGUAUUAUACCAGAGCGGAGCAACCAUCACGCAUUUCAGCCUGGUAUGCGUUCAAUGGAAUUGGUGUUGCAGGAGGUGGCCUUAUUGGAUACGGUAUUGGCCAAAUCAAGAGUUCCUUGCCCUCAUGGCGCUACGAAUUCAUUAUUGUCGGUGCCUUUUGCGCCGCUUGGGGAAUCUGCCUCUUCAUCUGCCUCCCCAACUCCCCUCGAACCAUCUGGGGCUUCAGUCAUGACGAAAAGCUCAUCAUGAUUGCCCGCAUGAGGCGCAACCAGACCGGUGUGGAGCAGAAUAGGAUCAACUGGAAGCAAAUCAAGGAGGCGUACCUGGAUUACAAGACCUGGCUCUUCACCCUGCUCGGCUUUGUGUCCAACAUUCCAAACGGCGGUAUUUCCAACUUUUCUACUCUUGUCAUCAAGGGAUUAAACUUCGACACGCUGCAUACGGCUCUGCUGGGCAUUCCGCAGGGCGUGCUGGUCGUGAUUUGGAUUGGGUUGGGUGCUUUGGCAAACAAGUUUAUGCCAAACAACUGCCGUACCCUCGUCUGCGCUCUGUUCAUGUUGCCUACAAUUGCAGGUGCUCUCGGAUUCCUGCUUGCUCCCAACGAUGCAUACGUUGGAAGACUGAUUUGCUUUUACCUCACCGGUUCGUACCAAGCCUCAUUUGUCAUUUCGCUCUCUCUCAUCACAUCCAACACUGGUGGCCAGUCCAAGAAGAUGAUUGUAUCUGGCAUGAUCUGGUUUGGCGCUUGCAUCGGCAACAUCGCCGGCCCCUUCUUCUACAAGGCCAACCAGGCACCCUCAUACCACCUGGGCAUUGGCUCUCUCCUUGUUGCCAACUGCAUCGAGCUCGCGCUCUUCUUUGUCUUCCGCUAUUGCUUUAUCUGGGAGAACAAGCGGAAAGAGAAGCUGCGAGCAGAGAUGGAGGAGCGGGGAGAGCUCAUCGCUGGCGAGUUGAACGCCACGGCGUUUGUGGACAUGACGGACAAGGAGAAUCCGAACUUUGUGUAUGUUUAUUAA